AUGGAUAAUUUGCUAUGUGAUGAGGUGUGGCUUUCAAGGUCUCAAAAUACUUGUGAAGUUGUUGAGUCUGUUGCACUCAAAAAUCAUGAAAAUGAAGAGUUUGAACAGGCUUUUACAGUGUGUCUAGAGAAGGAGGUCUUUUACAUGCCCGAAUCUGACUAUACUAAGUACUUGCAGUCCAACAAUUUGAUCUUUCCUAGGUUUCGAGUAAUUCAAUGGUUUAUCAAGGAUUGGGAAUACUGGAUGCUUGAAUUGCUUUCUAUUGCAUGCUUAUCAAUUGCCACAAAGUUCAACGAGAUAUCACAACUUUCCUUGCAUGAAAUUCAGAUGGAGGGCUUGGACUAUUCAUUCCAAUCAAACGUAGUUUUGAGAAUGGAGGUGAUAAUAUUGAAGGCGCUGGGUUGGCGCCUUAACUCUGUGACAAGUUAUUCUUUUGUUGAAAUGGUAGCUUAUAACGUUGAUAACUUGGGACCUCAUCUUUAUGAGAAGCUUAUUUCACGAGUCACUGAGCUGCUUGUCCAAGCUAUAAUAGAUCAGAAAAUGCUGGAAUUCAGGCCAAGCAUUGUUGGUAUUUCUGCAUUAUGGUGCACUCUAGAUCAGUUAUUUCCACCAAUAUCAGAUGCUUACAAUGCAUAUAUUAUGAGACUCUUGAGCCAAAGUCAGAAGGAUGAUGUCAGCAAGUGUCACAAGUUGAUGAAAACAAAGAGUUCAUUGUGUGGUGAAAAUUACCAUUACUGGCCUUUGAGUCCAACAACAGUACUAUUGAAUACGCUGACUCGCAUUUAUGAUUGCUAA